AUGCCGUCUAAAAUACUAAAUAUACCUGGAGAAGGGCUGAAUGAUUUGUUGUCCAACGCUGUAAAUUUAGGUCAGCGUCUAGGGUUGGGGGAUAUUCCGUUCUUUGAUCGAGAAACUAAACUUCUUAACAAUAUUCUUCAAGAACAUCAGGUUGCACUGUUACGUCUUCAGCAUGAAGUUGAAGCUGCCGAUGAGGAAGCUGCAAGCUAUGAGACCCAUAUUAUAUCAGUUAAAGAAGCUACUCAUCGUAAUACAGAUAUUCUUAUGGCGAAGCGCCACGAGGUUGAACAAGAGAAAGCUCUUCUUAAAACAGCUGAAAUUUUGAGGGGAAGAUACAGACGUGAUAUAAAACUGUGCUCUGAAACUGUUGAACGAAUACAAGCUAACAUUGAACGGCUUGAAACCAAGAUGAAGGACUACAACGAAGCUAUCAGGCAUGCUAUGCCCAGAUAA